AUGACGGCCCAGGCUCUAGGCCAUGACAAACAAACGCUCAUCUCAGAUCAAACUCUUUACAAAAAAAUAAAAAUCACCCGGGGGUUAUUAUUAGUUUUUCAUUGUUCCACCAUCUCUCUUUUCCCAGUUGACUCUGCUUCCACAGUUCCUCAUCUACUGCCCAUAUUUCAUGAGCAGGAAAUGACAGAGACUGUCCAUGAAUCAAACGGGAAUGGAUACCUUGCUACUUUUGUAGGCAAGAAUGGCUGGUUUGCUACUCUGUGUGUGCACUCCCAUGGGUUGGUCACCAUAGAUCUGCAGUGUUUUGAACACGAUGACAUUGGACAACUGGACAAAUUUUUAAAUGCACUGGAAACGAAGCUUAAAGUUCUCUUGAAUGGCAUUAUUACAAGGAUUAAACGGCUCCCCGCACUCGUACGAGGAGCAGAAGUGGACCGAUACGGGCCCACAACUGACGGCAGACUGAUUGAGUAUGACAUGGAUCAGAUGGUGCAUGAAGAAGAUUCUGCAUUCCAGAACAUAAAGAUAAUACACUCACAGCAGUAUGGAAAUAUCCUAAUACUCAAAGAUCUCAUAAGCAUGGGAGAGAGGGAUUUGGCCUACAACCAAGCCAUCAUGGGUGAAGAGAAUUAUGCUGGUAAAGAUGUGCUGAUAUUAGGUGGAGCUGAUGGAGGCAUCCUUUCUGAGAUGGUCAAACGAAAGCCAAAGAUGGUCACCAUGCUGGAUAUUGACCCGAAGGUGAUAGACCUGAGCAAAAAGUACACGAGAGGAGCUUGUGGCAAUGUCCUCGACAACCUGAAAGGAGACUGUUACCAAAUAAUAGUUAGUGACUGUGUCCCUGUGCUGAGGAAGUACGUACAGGAAGGAAAGACGUUUGAUUACGUAUUUAAUGAACUGACUGAAAUCCCAAAUUCCAGAGAGCCAGAAGAAGACUCUGCAUGGGAGUUCCUGCGUCACACCUUAGAUAUGUCAGUAAAAGUCCUGCGUCCCUCUGGGAAAUAUUUAACACAGGCUAAUGGUGAGGUGAUGACAGAGGCACUGCGUCUGUACGAGGAAGAGCUGGAGAAGCUCUCGUGCCAAGUGGGGUUCUCCAACAAGGUGGUGUGUGUUCCCUUCUUCAUGCAGCAAUGGGUUUUCUACUCUGUAUGGAAGAAGUGA